AUGUUCAGUUCUGAUAGGCCUUUGGGAGAAGGGAACCUGCGGAAAUUACUGAAGUUGUACCGCACAGAAAUUUCAAUGGCAGUGGAUGAUGUCUUCCCAUUGCUUCAUGGACUUGUGGAUCAUGACGUUGUCACUGAAGAGAUGUUCAAGGACAUUAUCCAUCUGAAGGAGAAAGAGGGCUGCCACAAGGCUUUUCAUGCCAUGUUGACAUGGCUGCUGAGUCAGGAGUCACCUUCUAUCCAGGACUUCUGGAGGGUCCUCUUCAAGGACUACAACCUGGAAAGAUAUUCCAAGCUUCAGUCCAUUCGAAGCAGCUUUCCCAAAGAUAUGGAUCUUGGAAAGCACCGCAAGGCAAGAAAACUCCCAGCCAGCCCUAAGAUACUAGCUCAGCACAAGCCUCAAGGAAAACGAAAGGCAACAGAGGAAAAAGACCCUUCGCACCACCCUCAGUCUCUAGUGAAAGACGACCCACAGUUUGAAUGUUGUAACCUGUAUUAUGGAUCAACAGGGACUCUGCCCAAGGCAAAAGCAGUGAAGAAAGCAGAGAACAAUGAAAUUCAGCACUGUCCACUUCCUAAUGGAGAUAUUAAGAAAUGUAUCAAAGUUGGUGGUGAGUUUUAUACCACAAGCAAAUUGGAGGAGCCUGGAGAGAAGAACAGAGCUCGUGAACAAAAGCCCAGUGUGAAAGCCAAAGAGUCCCAAGCCCCUGAAUAUAAGGGAGAACAGAAAGGAAGUUUGCAGGACAAGUGUCCGACCAUCCCUUUCCAUACUGUUGUCCCAGCCUUCCAGCAGAAGAAUGAUGAUGAAUGUGCUGUCUGCAGAGAUGGUGGGGAGCUGAUCUGCUGUGAUGGAUGCCCCAAAGCCUUUCAUCUGGCUUGCCUUCUGCCACCACUGACAGAAAUUCCCAGUGGAACAUGGAGGUGUGACUCCUGCUCUCCAGGGAAGGUGAAACAUGACGGGCACAGUGAAGAACCGAGCAGCAGACAGCAACUUUCUCGAACUCUGAAACUGACCGUUGGCGAAAAGUGUGGGGUAUGCAGGAAAGGAGGUAACAUGAUCUACUGCAGCAAAUGCUUCAGGGCUUUCCACUGGCACUGCCAUUUUCCUGCCCAUGCAGAUCAAAUCAGUGGAAUCUUGAUCUGCAAGUCAUGCUCUGGCAGCCCUGCUACUAUCACCAUGGAAGGAGCAGCAACCUCAAAUAGCCCAGCACUAAGAGCAAUAAAGGUGGUGGAAGAACCUGCUGGGGCUGAUCCAGUUCUGAAUAAAGAUGAGCUGGACUCUCUAUUAGGGGAGAAUACUUUUGACGGGAUCCUGCAUUGGGCAUUCCAGAGCAUGUCUUGCCCAGCACCAGACACCCAAGGAUUAUUUUCCUAGGACUUUG